CAGAAACAAUUAGUUCACAGAAAAAUAGGCCAUUUUCCCACUCUUACGCAUUAAUAAAUUUUUAGUCAAACCAAUGGAACAAGAGAACUUCCACGUCCUAGUUUCUUUAUAAUGUGGCUUUAAAAAUGUUAAGAAAUCUAUAAUUUAGUCAUACAAAGGAAACUAUAUAUUUAUUUAUUUUUAAAGAAAAGGUAUAUUUUUGGUGAAGAUAAGAAUACAGUUAUUUGGUCAAACAAAAGGUGAUUUUUUAUUUGGAAUUUUGGCAAAUGGGAGUAUUUUUGUAGCAUUUUCCCUUGAAUUUGAGUAUAUCUUAAAUUAAUAUUGAGGGAACAAAAGGAAGAAAAAAUUUAAAAAGGAAAGGGCAAAAGGUCAAGGAGAAAAUUCUCAUGAGUCAUGGAACCUCUCUUUCUCUCACGAUAGUCUCUAAAAACCAUUUCACCGGUUCACUCUCUCUUUCUCUGAAUCUCUCAUUCGCCAUCAGAAUCAUGCACUGCAACGAGAAUGACCCGUUGGUGACAGUCUUCCUUUCAUUCAUCUUCUUGUUCUUCAUGUGUUUAACCAUCUACUAUCUCUACGUUCACUGGUGUCUCCCCCGCUCUAGGAGUCAUCACAUCCGCAGCAGUAACCACCGCCCUACAAUGGUUUUCUUCGCCGCCACCGAUCCUUCUCAUACCGCGUCACGCGGUCUAGAUCCCGCCGUCGUGAAAUCUCUCCCUGUUUUCACUUUCUCUGGCGCAACUCAAAAGGAUCCGAUUGAUUGCGCCGUUUGUCUUUCAGAGUUCGAGGACGGCGAGCCGGGUCGGGUUUUGCCCGGUUGUAAACACGCGUUUCAUGUGGAAUGUAUUGAUAUGUGGUUUCACUCUCACUCAACCUGUCCUCUCUGCCGUUCUCUCGUUGAGCCUCACGCAACGACGGUGGAGGAGGAGCAAGUCACGAUCAUGAUCGCGAUUUCUCCUGAACAGGUUUCUGCUACCGAACCGGUAUCGAGCUCGGGAUCUGGAUCUUCUGCGGAGACUGAGACCCCUAGGAGGAUUUUCAGCGAGUUCGAAGACGGUUUGACACGGAAUUCGCCGGUGAAUCACUCGCCGAUGAGUCGGAUGUUAUCUUUUACUCGGAUGGUGAGCAGAAAUCGAAGAAGCGCACCGUCGUCUUUUUCCGGAGCUCCGUCUCAAUCGCCGUCGUCAAGCUGCCAGGUAGUGAUGAACGAAUCAGAUAUUGAGCGGGGAGGAGAAGAGAUUAAAAGUGAUUUCCGCCACGUGGGUGUUCCUUAGUGGUAUUGAUUAUUGAUGUUAACAUCAAGUAUAACAUGAUUUAGAGCUUUUUUUAUUGCUAAGAAAUCUAAUUUAAUAUAUUUUCAGUUCAGUAUUAAA